AUGUCGUUUUCGUCUUUUAAUCGUCUGAACAAUAAUCGUCGUUUUCAAAUCUCUCUUUCGUUGCAAAAUCUCUCGUAUUCUCUCUCUCUCUCUCUCUCUCUCUCUCUCUCUCUCUCUCUCUCUCUCUCUCUGACAAAUUGUUGUCUCUUCUUCUUCUCUAAUAAACUUCUUCUUUUGAAAUCUCAGAUAUUCGAGAACUACAAAGUGGAGUUUUAUUCGUUGCAAACGGCGUUGGAAACAGCGAUCUCUUCUUUGUCUUUGUCUUCGAUCGAUGAUGAGGAGGAUCACGUGAUAGGGGGGCUCGCGCAAACUCUAAAAGCUGCUUCGACAGAAACGAACGACGAAGGAGAAAUUGAGGACUCGUUGGCGGAGAUGGAACAACUCGUGAGGAGAAUGGAUUUAGAAGCGCGAAGCGUGGGCGGGAACGACGCGAAACAGAUGAAAAUUUUGAGAGAUUGUAAAGCGAAAGCGCAAGAGUUGAAAGCGGACGCGCGAGAGGCGAAAGAGCGAAGGGCGCAGACGGAAUCGAGAGCGCAGUUGUUCGCGUCUUCGAGGGGCGGUGGUGGUGGAGGCACGGGACCGGCGAUGUUGAGCAGUAGUAAUAGCGGCGGGGAACAAGAUAGAAGACGAGAACAAAACUCGGCGUUGGAUUCGAUGAUGAAGAACACGGCGCGGAUCGAACAAACGGGCGAACGCAUACGGGAAUCGAAAGGGAGAUUAAUUGAGACGGAGGAUUUGGGUGCGGCGAUCUUACAGGAUUUGCACAGGCAAAGAGAGACUAUUGUAGAAUCGAGGGAGAGUUUGAGAGGCGCGGACGAUACGUUGAGCACGUCGAGGAAGAUUUUGCAAACGAUGAGUCGAAGAGCACAGCAAAAUAAGCUUUUGUUUUACGGAGUCGUGACUGUGUUGGUUAUCACGAUACUCACGGUUGCAUACAAGAAACUGAACGGUUAA